AUGGGGAUCCAAACAUAUCGCAUCGCUGCCCCCAUUCUGAUGAUCCCCUGGAUGUCCAUCUUGGUCAGGCUACUUCAACUCGACAAACGCGACAACCGCAUCAACCAAGGAGCUGCGGCAUAUUCAUUCUACUUUAUGACCACCGCUCCACUCUACCUCUACUGCGUGGAAAUCCUUGGCAUGGGAAUUGCUUGUCUCGGCCUCCCUCGCAGCUACACCUUUGGUAUUCAGAGUGAGCCGAUCGUGACCCGGUGUGAUGCUGGCCCAUGGAUCGGACAGUCCGACAGAGAAGCGUGCUACACCUGCAAAUCUUACCUUAGAUUCAUCGACUAUAAAGAUGGCAAAUUCCAUUUCGACGAGCUCGAGAGCGACUGGGUUGAGCAUGGCGGUGUCUGUGCAUUCCUGUUUGUGGUCAUGCUUGGAGGGUGUGCAUACAUUCGAUGGAACCUUGGUCGUUUGGACAAAGCGGAGAGCGCUGAGCGAGUACUUGAAAACCCUGUGCGAGCAGAAGAUGAGCAAUGGGGACUCAACGGCGCUGGGAAACCAAGAGCCCCUGGAGACAAGACGGAUGAGCGCUUGAGAGGAAAUGAGGCCAGAUAG